UUAAUGCUGUUCACGACACACACGUCUCCCUCCUCUCCUCUCUCCGCUCCCGGUCCAGUCCCAGCUCCCUCUCCACUGAACAGGCGAAAACAUUUUCGGGAAGAUUAAAGUUUUUGUCGCGGACCUGAGCUGUUCCGAGGAUCGGUUUUAUUAUGUGGAGAAAUAAACAUAGUUUAUUAGGAGAAUCGGUGGCUUGUUUCAUCUUUCUGGUGGCGCUUUGCGAUGCUCAUCGAUUCCUAACUCAGAACAGGGCCUCCCAGUUUCUGUCUCGGCACCGCAGGGCCAACUCCAUGUUUGAGGAGAGUAAGAAAGGUAACCUGGAGAGAGAAUGUAUCGAGGAACUGUGCAACAAGGAGGAGGCACGGGAGAUCUUUGAGAACUACCCAGAGACGGAACACUUCUAUCCUCAAUAUGUCUUUUGUCUGGGUUCACAUCGUGUGGGCAUCAACAACCAGAACUCUGGAGACUCCAACGUCCCUUCAAACCUCAGAACCUGUGUCAAAGAGAUCAGUGACCAGUGCCUUCCGUUUCCGUGUUACAAGGAGGGUUCUGAACGCUGCAUCGAUGGCCAGGCCUCCUUCACCUGUCAGUGUCGACCAGGCUGGAAGGGGCCGCGCUGUGAGGAUGACAUUGACGAGUGUUCAGACCCAGAUCACCAAGCCGGCUGCAACCAGAAGUGUUACAACUCCCCCGGGAGCUUCCGUUGUAUGUGUGACGAUGGGUACCGGUUCAGAACCAGCGAGAAGAUCCACUGUACAGAUAUCAAUGAGUGUCUGCUGUACCCCAGUAUCUGUGAAGAACCGGCUAAAUGUGUCAACAACCCUGGCAUGUAUGAGUGCCAGUGUCCCCCGGGCUUCAGUUACAACUUCACCUUGCGUUCCUGUUUGGAUGUCGACGAGUGCGAGGUGGGCGUGUGUGAGGGCGUGUGUGUGAACACGAUAGGUAGCUACUCCUGCCGCUGCGAAGGUCGUCAGGGCCUGCGGUUAGCGGAGGACCAGCGCUCCUGCGAGGAGGUGCCGGUGUGUGUCCAGCUCUACGACUACAAACACUCUGAGAUGCUAUACCUGGGAGAACAAUUUACCGGAGGGCCUGUCAUAUACCUCCGCUUCAGACUACCGGAGAACACCAAGUUUGCUGCAGAGUUUGACUUCCGUACGUUUGAUCCAGAAGGGGUGGUUCUGUACGCAGAGUCUUCCCAGGACUCAUGGUUCAUGCUGGGGCUGAGGGGAGGACGGAUCGAGGUCCAGUUCAAGACCCAGCACUCCCUGAAGGUCACCAGCGGGGGCAAGGCCAUCAACGACGGACAGUGGCAUGUGAUCUCAGUAGAUGAACUAGAGUCCAGUAUCAGUGUUAAGAUCAGUAAGGAAGCUGUGAUGAGCAUCAACAGCCCUGAGAGUCUCUUUACGUCCAUUAACGGGAAACUGGAGACCAAGGUGUACAUCGCAGGGCUGCCCAACCGCACCGACAGCGUCAUCAAACCGAUCAACCCUCGUCUGGACGGGUGUAUCCGGGGCUGGAACCUGAUGAACCAGGGGGCGUCUGGGGUCAAAGAGGUUAUUCAGGAGAAGAAGAGUAAACACUGUUUCCUGCACGUAGAGAGAGGAACCUACUUCACUGGGGCAGGACUGGCUCACUUCAACGUAGACUACAGGGAGUCAGGGAGCUGGAGGGUGGCUCUGAAGAUGCAUAUCCGUCCGUCCAGCAGUACAGGAGUCCUCUUCGCUCUGGUCCUCAACGAUACCGUCCCCCUGUCUGUCGCCGUGGUUACACAAGGACCUGACGAAGCUGACCUGCAGGUGUUCCUGGAUGGAGUGUCCGUGGCAACGCUGCAGUCGUUGAUGUUGUGUUACCCGGACCGUCUGUCUGUAGAACUGACUGUCACCCCCACUAGCCUGGAGAUCGUCGCCAACACCUCCACCUGGUCCUACAGCCUCCCUGACGGGGCGCUGGAUCGACUCAACAACACAAUGAUGACACACUCUGUCAGGACAUGUAUAGGAGGACUUCCAGAUGAGGUCCCAGUCUCCGCCACCCCAGUGACAGCCUACUACCACGGCUGUAUGGACGUCACCGUCAACGCUCGACUGUUAGACUUCGAUGAGGCAGACAGUAAACACAACAGCAUUAAGUCCCACUCCUGUCCCCCUGUCUCGCCCCCCCAAGACACUCUCUGACGACCCCCCCCACCACCACUCACCCUACAGGAAGUGACCUCACAGCCAGGUCGACCAAUCACCACACAUCUCUGUCCUGAGGCCCACAUCUGUGUAUAUGAUCCUCUACCUAAUGAUUAGGAGGAGGGGGAGGGAGGGGGGUAGGGGGAGAGGAAGGGAGGGAAGAAAGGAGUGGGGGAGGGAGAGAGGGAAGAAAGGGGGAGGGAGGGGGGAGUGGAAGGGAGACGGGGGAGGGAGAGAUGAUGGGUGGACUUGCACAAUGCAGUCAUUUCUGUUUAUUUAGUUUCCUGCACUCUUUGUUAGACUGUUUUUGAAGGUUUCAUAUUUUUCAUUGGACACAUUGCCCUCACCCUCACCAUCACCCCACCAUGGUUUGUAUUGCCGUGAAAUAAACACCAGGCUCUGUUCCUGUGAAGAAGAGGAGUUACCAAAACAUGUUGCCAUGGACACUGACUGUUCCAGCAUCACUGGUUCUGUUGCCAUAGACACGGACUGUUCCAGCAUCACUUGUUCUGUUGCCAUAGACACUGACUGUUCUAGCAUCACUGGUUCUGUUGCCAUAGACACUGACUGUUCCAGCAUCACUUGUUCUGUUGCCAUAGACACUGACUGUUCCAGCAUCACUGGUUCUGUUUCCAUAGACACGGACUAAUCCAGCAUUACUUGUUCUGUUGCCAUAGACACUGACUGUUCCAGCAUCACUGGUUCUGUUGCCUUAGACACGGACUAAUCCAGCAUUACUUGUUCUGUUGCCAUAGACACUGACUGUUCCAGCAUCACUGGUUCUGUUGCCAGGGGUUCCAUAGACAUGUAGUGAAACAGCUGAGCUCUGGAAGGUUCUGAUACAGUGGACCUGGGAUACAUGGUUCUGGUAUAUACAGUCGGAAGUUUACAUACACUUAGGUUGGAGUCAUUAAAACUUGUUUUUCAACCACUC